AUGAAUACGAAGACAUAUGGGGUAACUGAGCCCAUAUCAACUAAUGGUCCAACACCAAAGGAGAAUAUUCUUAAUGAUACGCUCAUCCAGGAAUUGAAAAAUAGAGGUUCAUUUGAGAGUGAACAAGCAACUAAAAAAAGAGUUGAAGUGUUGACAUUAUUUCAACAGUUAGUUCAAGAAUUUGUGUACACAGUAUCGAAGAGCAAAAAUAUGUCUGAUGCAAUGGCACAAGAUGCUGGAGGAAAGGUAUUUACUUUUGGCUCUUAUAGAUUGGGAGUUUACGGUCCGGGAUCUGAUAUUGACACAUUGGUAGUUGUUCCCAAACAUGUAACUCGUGAUGACUUUUUUUCAGUUUUUGCAGAUAUAAUUCGGAAACGGCCAGAGUUAGAGGAAAUUGCUUGUGUUCCAGAUGCAUACGUGCCAAUUAUUAAGAUAGAAUUUGAUGGUAUUUCGAUUGAUUUAAUUAUGGCAAAAUUGAAUAUUCCCCGAGUUCCCUUAGAUUUGACUUUAGAUGAUAAAAAUUUGCUCAAGAACCUCGAUGAAAAGGAUUUAAGAUCUCUAAACGGGACUAGAGUAACUGAUGAGAUACUACAAUUGGUUCCAAAGCCGACCGUUUUUAAACAUGCUUUGCGUUGCAUCAAAAUGUGGGCUCAGCAACGUGCAGUUUAUGGUAACAUUUUUGGGUUUCCAGGUGGUGUGGCCUGGGCUAUGUUGGUUGCUAGAAUAUGUCAGUUGUAUCCGAAUGCUGUUAGUUCGGUGAUUGUGGAAAAGUUUUUUAAUAUUUACACAAAAUGGAAUUGGCCUGAGCCCGUAUUGCUUAAAUCUAUUGAAGAUGGUCCACUUCAAGUUAGAGUAUGGAACCCAAGAUUGUAUCCACAUGAUAGACUUCAUCGAAUGCCAGUUAUAACCCCUGCGUAUCCUUCUAUGUGCGCUACCCACAAUAUUACAAGUUCUACCCAGAAGGUGAUUUUGGCAGAACUUUCUCGUGGCUCUUCUAUUAUGCAAGACAUUCAUGCUGGUAAAAAAUCUUGGUCUGAUUUAUUUGAGAAACACUGUUUUUUUUAUAAAUAUAAAUUUUACCUUUGUGUUGUAGCAGCGACAAUUGAUUCUGCUGAAGAGCAUAAAAAGUGGUCAGGUUUCAUCGAAAGCAAAUUGAGACAAUUAGUAUUGAAAUUAGAAGUUGCUGAAGGUGUUGAAAUUGCUCAUCCUUAUGUUAAAGAUUUUUCACACACAUUUCUUCUUGAUGAUAAAAAUGCCGAGGAUAUAAUCAACAGUUAUGGAACAUUGAGUGGAGAGGCUUUCUUGAGAACGUUACAUUCGUCAGAUUCUGAUAAGGACAGUGAUGAACAUAACAAAAUACGUUUGACUAAAUACUACAUUGGUCUAGACCUUAACUUGACUAAAUCAAGCGAUGGGGUAAGGAAGUUGGAUAUACAGUAUCCUUGUGCUGAAUUUUAUAGUAUAUGCAAAGGCUCUACAUCUUUUACUGAAGGAGUUAAUUUUAUUCAGAUUAAAAACGUUAAAUUGCAUGACCUUCCUAAUGACGUUUAUGAAGAUGGUGAAGAACGUCCAAUAAAAAGUGGGAAGAAGAGAAAAAAGGUUAUUAAAGAAGAUGGCCAAAAGAGAGUUAGGAAUGAGUCUUCUGCUUCACUGGCGUCUUUAAAUGGAUCAAGUUAA